AUGUUUGAUCAGCUUAUGCACAGUACAUGUGACGUGUUGCGGCUUCCUUUACGUCAAGACUACAUGUGCAUGGACAGAUUUCAAAUCAAAGAUGUGAUCAACGCCCUGUUGCAAUGUUACGACGUGCACAAAAUUAGCAACACAGUUUUGGAUAUCAAAACAAACUCGAUCUACUCUCUGCUAGGGGCAAAUGAUAAGCAGCGGCCGCCGGCACCAGAGAUCGAUAGUUGUACUGGCGGCACCACGGAAAAAGGCGGCCGUGUUGCCACGACGUUGGCCAAUGAGCCCGGGGAACGCGGCACGCUGUGCUGA